CGGGUGAAGGGGACAGAGAGCGAGGGGUGAGUCCUGGUGAGGAACCUGAGAGCCAGGUGAGGACCGGAGGUUGGCCCCAGACGCCUGGAAGGAUGGCUGGCAUGGUACUGGGAGUGGGUGCUGGCGUGUUCCUCCUCGCUCUGAUCUGGGUGCUGGUGCUGCUGCUGUGUGCGCUGUUAUCCAGAGCCUCCGGGAUAGCUAGGUUCUCCAUCGUCUUUGUCUUCCUCGGAGCUCUGAUCAUUACUACAGUCCUAUUGCUUUUCCCUCGAGCCAGUGAAUUCCCAGCCCCAGAAGGUGAAAUGAAGAUUGUGGACGCCUUUUUCAUCGGCCGCUAUGUCCUGCUGGCUUUCCUCAGUGCUGUCUUUCUUGGAGGCCUCUUCCUGCUUCUUACUCAUCAUGUGCUAGAGCCAAUCUAUGCCAAACCACUGAGGUCCUGCUGAGCAUAGUAACAGAAACACGGAACAUGUUGCCAUCAUGGAUGAGCGCAAAGGCAAUCUGGAGCCUGACCACCUUCGUGUCUUCAGACCAGAGGGAUAACUAUUUGACACUAAGGCAAACCUCCUGAGCCCUGGCCUCCAGAAACUCAGUGGCAAAGCCGAGUCCAUGGAUGUAAAUUGUCACCAUCAAGACAGGAACAACUGUCUUCUCAGAACCCAUACUCAGGAUUUCUGUCUGUUUGGAAUGAACAGUAGUAACAGUGAUCUGUCUUGGGUAAAUGUUCAGUCAAGCUGUGAGUAACAGAUUUGGGGAAAAGGAGUUUUGGGCUUUGUUGUCCAGCAGAAGAAGCCGGUCCUUUUUUUUUUAAUAACAUAUAAAUUAUAAGUUCUCAGUUGAGUAUUUGGAACCAUUUGGAAGAGAGAGGCAUUCAAACACAAAAUUGCUUUAAUGAGGUAGUAAGGAAGAUGUAUUAGGCAGCGGUUAUUGACCAUUCCUUAUGUGCAGUUCCACAGAGCUCUGUAAGGACAGUGUA